UCCGCCAUGCGGGCGCCGCGGGCCGCGCUGGGCCUGGGCCUGGGCCUGGGCCUGGGCGCGGGGCUGGGCGCCGCCGCCGAGCGCUGGCGGGGGCGGCGGGCGGCCGCGCGGGCGCCGCCGGGCCUGCUGGGCCGGCUGCCGGUGCUGCCCGUGGCGGCGGCGGCCCAGCUGCCCGCGCUGGCCGGGCCCCCGGCGGGCGGCGGCGGCGGCGAGCUGGCCAAGUACGGGCUGCCCGGGCUGGCGCAGCUCAGGAGCCGCGAGGCCUACGUGCUGAGCUACGACCCGCGCACCCGCGGCGCGCUCUGGGUGCUCGAGCAGCUGCGGCCCGAGCGGCUGCGCGGCGACGGCGACCGGCGCGCCUGCGACUUCCGCGAGGACGACUCGGUGCACGCCUACCACCGCGCCACCAACGCCGACUACCGCGGCAGCGGCUUCGACCGCGGCCACCUCGCCGCCGCCGCCAACCACCGCUGGAGCCAGAAGGCGAUGGACGACACCUUCUACCUGAGCAACGUCGCGCCCCAGGUACCCCACCUCAACCAGAAUGCCUGGAACAACCUGGAGAAGUACAGCCGCAGCUUGACCCGCAGCUACCAAAAUGUCUACGUCUGCACAGGGCCACUCUUCCUACCCAGGACGGAGGCUGAUGGGAAGUCCUAUGUGAAGUACCAGGUAAUCGGCAAGAACCACGUGGCGGUGCCCACGCACUUCUUCAAGGUGCUGAUCCUGGAGGCGGCAGGUGGACAAAUCGAGCUCCGUUCCUACGUGAUGCCCAACGCACCCGUGGACGAGUCCAUCCCACUGGAGCGCUUCCUGGUGCCCAUUGAGAGCAUUGAACGUGCCUCCGGGCUGCUUUUUGUGCCAAACAUCCUGGCACGGGCAGGCAGCCUCAAAGCCAUCACUGCGGGCAGCAAGUAAGGGUGGCAGCCCGGCCAGACUUCGGGAGUGGUGGGGCCAGGUAGCAUUAAAGAUGGUUAUUUUUGGA